CAGUCAGUUGAAUCUACCGCGUCUCCAUCCUCCCUCCCCUCACUGCAAUUUUAAGCACCACUUUAGUUGGGCGUCACUUCCAGUUGCUUGUGUGUGACUGAGUGAGAAGACACACUUACAGGUUAGCUUAUACUCCGGAUAACUCUUUCAAAACAACCUGCAUUAAUAACAAGCUAGACACGGCGAAAGAUAAGACAAAGCUCGGAUGUUUACUUUGUUUGUUGAUGUAUUUUAACAAAUAAAACUGUAGACUGCAGGAGUUAAAAGUGCGACGUAAAAAAAUACUGUAGAAAAAACAAAAUCUAGACGGCAAUGGACGAGGAGAAACGGCGGGCCUGCUGGCUUGUUGGCCGCAGCUGGGGUCAGUCCCGAGAAGGUCUUCCCGGUUUGAUGUGGGGCAUGCAGCCACUGGUUCUGGUUGUGCUGGUGUCAAUGCUAUCUGGACUCGCUUCUCCGGCCGAGGGGAAGGAGUGCGACAAGCCGUGUCUGAACGGACAGUGCAACCCGACGGUCGGCAACUGCAUUUGCGAGCCCGGCUGGGCUGGGGACCAGUGCCAGCAUUGCGGUGGUAGAUUCAGGUUGACUGGGUCAUCGGGAUUCCUCACAGACGGGCCUGGGAAUUACAAAUACAAAACCAAGUGCACGUGGCUCAUUGAGGGCCAACCCAACACUAUUCUGAGGCUGAGGUUCAACCACUUUGCUACAGAGUGCAGCUGGGACCACUUGUAUGUGUACGACGGGGACUCGAUCUACGCACCUCUGCUGGCCGCGUUCAGCGGACUGAUCAUCCCUGAGAAGUAUGGUAAUGAGACCGUGCCUGAGGUGGUCUCCAAGUCUGGCUACGCUCUGCUGCACUUCUUCAGCGACGCUGCCUACAACCUGACCGGCUUCAACAUCUCCUACAGAAUCAACACCUGCCCCAAUAAUUGCUCUGGCCGUGGGGAGUGCAGGCUGGACAGUGGCGACAGAGGUGUGUACUGCGAGUGUGCGGCGCACUGGAAAGGAGAGGCGUGUGAUAUUCCAUACUGCGUGGAGGACUGCGGCUUCCCCCAGCGCGGAGUGUGCCACGCCAACACCACCAAGCGCUGCCUCUGCAAACCGAGCUGGCAAGGUCCUGACUGCUCCAUUCUGAUGCCCACAAACGAGUCAUUCUGGACUAGAGAGGAGUACCCUGUCCGCAGCCUGGCACGGGCCUCGCACAAGUCUGUGGUGAACGAUGGCAUCAUGUGGGUGAUCGGAGGCUACAUGUUCAACUAUUCCGACUACAAGAUGGUUAAAGCGUACAAUCUGAGCUCUCAGGAGUGGCUGCCUCUGAACCGAUCUGUGAACUCUGUCAUUGGUAGAUACGGACACUCACUGGCACUGCACGAGGGCAAGAUCUAUAUGUAUGGCGGUAAGAUCGACUCCAGCGGGAACAUCACCAACCAGCUGUGGGUGUUUCACACCGGGGACCAGUCGUGGGUGCAGGUCAGCCCCAAGGCCAAGGAGCAGUAUGCCGUGGUGGGGCACUCGGCACACAAGGUGCAGUUGGCUGAUGACAGCGUGGUCAUGCUGGUUAUCUUUGGACACUGCCCACUGUACGGCUACAUCAGCAAGGUGCAGGAGUACAACUUCGCCACAAACACAUGGAACAUCCUGAAGACUAACGGUGCCCUAGUGCAGGGAGGCUACGGACACAGCAGCGUCUACGACCCCAAAACCAGGGCCAUCUACAUCCACGGGGGCUACAAGGCCUUCAGCGCCAACAAGUACGGGCUGGCAGACGACCUCUACAAGUACGAGGUGGACUCCCGCAUGUGGACUAUCCUGAAGGACAGUGGUUUCUUCCGCUACCUCCACACAGCCAUCAUCGUGAGUGGGACCAUGCUGGUGUUCGGGGGGAACACUCACAACGACACCUCCAUGAGCCACGGGGCCAAAUGCUUCUCAUCCGACUUCAUGGCCUAUGACAUUGCUUGUGAUGAGUGGUCGGUGCUGCCCAGACUAGAUUUGCACCAUGAUGUAAACCGGUUUGGACACUCUGCAGUCUACAGCAACAGCACCAUGUACGUGUUCGGAGGUUUUAACAGCCUGCUCCUGAGUGACGUGCUGAUGUUCACUCCGGCAAGCUGCGCGGCAUUCUCCAGCGACACUGCCUGCGCCGUGGCCGGGCCUGGGAUCCGCUGCCUCUGGAACUCCAGUCUGGGCCAGUGUCUGUCCUGGAAGGAAGCCAGCCCCAAGGAGGAGCAGCAGGUCCUCUCCACCUGCCCAGCCAAAGCAUAUGCUGACAAUGAGAAGUGUGAUCAGUACACUGACUGCUACAGCUGCACAGCUAACACCAACGGGUGCCAGUGGUGCAACGAUCAGUGUAUCUCAAUGAGCAGCAACUGCACAGCCGUGCCAGGCCCCAUCGCGGAGUACGAGACCUGCCCGAAGGAUAACCCUGAGUACGUUUGCAACAAGAAGACAAGCUGCAAGAGCUGUGCCAUGGACCAGAACUGCCAGUGGGAGCCUCGCAACCAGGAGUGCAUCGCCUUACCAGAAAAUAUAUGCGGGGAGAACUGGCAUCUCGUUGGGAACUCCUGUCUAAAGUUCACCACAGCCAAGGACAAUUACGACAACGCCAAGCUGUCCUGCCGAAACAACAACGCAGUCCUGGCCUCCCUCACCACCCAGAAGAAGGUGGAGUUUGUCCUUAAGGAGCUGCAGAUCAUGCAUGUGCUGUACAAAGCGACAGUGACCCCCUGGGUGGGAUUGCGGAAGAUCAACGUCUCGUACUGGUGCUGGGAGGACAUGUCCCCUUUCACCAACACAUCCCUCCAGUGGCUCCCAGGGGAGCCCAGUGACGCAGGGUUCUGUGGGUACUUAGCUGAGCCCUCCCACACCGGCCUGAAGGCAGCCACCUGCGUCAACUCUGUCAACGGCAGCCUGUGCGAGCGCCCAGCGAACCACAGUGCCAAACAGUGCCGCACCCCGUGCGCUCUGCGCUCGUCCUGCAGCGAAUGCACCAGUGGCAGCUCUGAGUGCAUGUGGUGCAGCAACAUGAAGCAAUGUGUCGACUCCAACGCAUACGUGGCCUCAUUCCCCUUCGGACAGUGCAUGGAGUGGUACACCAUGAACAGCUGCCCACCCGAUAACUGUUCUGGCUACCGCACGUGUGGCCAGUGCUUGGACCAGCCUGGGUGUGGAUGGUGUACGGACCCCAGUAACACAGGGAAAGGGCAGUGUAUAGAGGGCUCGUACCGGGGUCCGGUCCAGGCUUCAACACCCGGCUCAUACCAGGAGCCAGCACGCAACGUCACCAUGUGUCCCUCUGAGAACAAGUACAACUGGUCUUUCAUUCACUGUCCAGCGUGCCAGUGUAACGGCCACAGCAAGUGUCUCAAUGAGAGCAUGUGUGAGAAGUGUGAAGACCUAACAACGGGCAAGCACUGCGAGACCUGCAUCUCUGGGUACUAUGGAGACCCCACCAACGGGGGCACCUGCCAGGCCUGCAAGUGCAAUGGCCAUGCCUCCAUCUGUAAUGCCCAGAGUGGGAAAUGUUUCUGCACAACAAAGGGGAUCAAAGGAGACAAGUGUCAUCUGUGUGAGGUGGAGAACCGUUACCAAGGCAACCCUCUCAAAGGCACCUGUUAUUAUACCCUCCUCAUUGACUACCAGUUCACGUUCAGCCUAUCCCAGGAUGAUGACCGCUAUUACACAGCCAUUAACUUUGUCGCUACGCCUGAAGAGCAAAACCGGGACCUGGACAUGUUUAUCAAUGCAUCUAAAAACUUCAACCUUAACAUCACAUGGGCAACUAGUUUUGCAGCUGGCACGCAGGCAGGAGAGGAGGUCCCCAUCAUCUCCAAGAGCAACAUCAGAGAGUACAAGGACAGCUUCUCCAACGAGAAAUUCGACUUCCGAAACAACCCCAACAUCACCUUCUACGUCUACGUCAGCAACUUCACCUGGCCCAUCAAGAUACAGAUCGCCUUCUCUCAGCACAGUAAUUUCAUGGACCUGGUGCAGUUCUUUGUGACGUUUUUCAGCUGUUUCCUGUCCCUGCUGUUGGUGGCGGCAGUCGUGUGGAAGAUCAAACAGAGCUGCUGGGCGUCGCGGAGGAGAGAGCAACUCCUGCGUGAGAUGCAGCAGAUGGCCAGUCGCCCCUUCGCCACUAUCAACGUUGCCUUGGAAACAGACGAGGAGCCACCUGACCUCAUUGGUGGGAGUAUCAAGACUGUCCCCAAGCCCAUAGCCCUGGAGCCGUGCUUCGGAAACAAAGCAGCGGUGCUCUCCAUAUUCGUCAAGUUACCGCGGGGGUCAGGAGGGAUUCCACCACCAGGGCAGUCAGGACUUGCCGUAGCCAGCACACUAGUGGACGUGUCCCAGCAGAUGCCUCUCGCGUACAAGGAGAAAUCGGGAGCCGUGAGGAAUCGGAAGCACCAGCCUCAAGCACAGCCAGGGACGUGCAUCUGACCUUUGCUUUGACCAUGACCCUCACUAUGAACGUUGAUCAAGGCUGCUGUGCAGGGGGAGGGGGUAGGGGAAACUGUAUGGAGGCUGGGUUAUGGGAGGCCUGUGCAGAGUUCUCAGGGCUCUUGUCAUUGAGGUUCAGAAUACUAAAUAUUGAAGUUACCAGUGCAAGUACCUGGCAAAACAAAAAUGAAGCAGGGAUAACUUUUACACAGGAACACUUUAAGCCUACUACAGUAGUUCAGACAACCUGCUUGUUGCACUGAUAGCUUCAAUUUCAACACUAUUGGAAAACUGUGAUUUGAACCUGGCUGAUACAGAGUUGAACUGAACAAGGAUAACAAGGAAAGGUCUUCAAAUCUCAAACUGGUGUUGUGUAAGGUGCUUGCCUCUCAUCUCAGCCUUGUUCAGUUGUUUUUUAUUGCUUGACCAACAGGAUUUAUUUUUCUUUUGUCUUUUUUUUUUUUUCCUUAUCAAUAUUGUUAGUUUUUAUUUUAUUUAUGACUCUUUAGUUUGUUCCUGUGCGACAAAAAAAAUACAAUGUGUCACAAACACAGCACCCCCUCCCAUUGGAGCUCAUGGCAGUUCUGUUCUGCAACAUUAGUUGAGCAGUCAGGUAUUGAUUUAGAUGUUGAAGCAACAGGGUCUUCUGGGGUCCAGUCGUGUCUUUAUACAGUAGCAGUUUAUUCCCACACGAACCAAGCACACAUGUUCUGAACUCUUGUGCGAGCUAGUUUGGAUUAAUAAUUAACCUGCAGCUGCCAGUGUGCUAAUACCUUUUACAUGACCCAUUUAAACAGAGUGCUCCAGUAUUUGCAAGCAUUUGGUGGUUGAUUGCGUUAGGAAGGCAAGACCUAGAGACGUUAUUUCAUGGGUGUCUUUUAAGUGGUAGGUUAGUGCAUGCGAGGUAAUUAGUAUUAAUAUAUAUUUAGUUUAUUAAAUGUAUUCAACUAGGUUUGAACCUGUUGUUGCAAAUGUAGGGCACUUGUCUGUAGAUACUUUGUAAAAUAGUUUGCCACUUGCUGUACAGAAAUGUUAUGUAAAUGAUAAGCAUUUUUAAUUAAGUUAUUUUAACAAGGUAAUUUCCAAAGAUCAGAGACUCGUUACCCAUGGUAGCGGUGUUGAAUUACAGGACAGUUGCUCCUCACAAGCGUUGGUUUAUAGGGGGUUAGACUUUUUUCCUUUUCUUUGAGUGAGCAGCUUCAAAUGUCAUUUUAAUUUAUUUUUUACAUUUCUGUUGUAUGGUGUUUGUAAUCCUUCAUCAUUGUUCUUCUGGGGUUUGUUGCUGUGUUUGCUGUAAAGCCUUCCUCAAUCUAUUCAAGUCCUUUUGACCAUUCAGCUCUGCCCCACCUACUUGUAUGGACAGAGAAUGGGUGGAGCUGGCGGAGUUGAAUGGUCACACAAGGAUUUGAAUGGAAUCCUAAAGUUCAAGAGAAAAAUGAUAACUCAAUAUUGGAGCAACAGAACCACUCACGAUGAUUGCAAACACCAUAAAUAGUAAUAGAAAUGUUUUUUUUUUUUUAUUAAAAUUGUAGCUACUCCUUAAGCUCUGGUAAUAGUCUAAUGAUGGUGAUUCAAACUUGGCAACACAAGAGUUCUGAUUUAAAAUGUACAGAUCACAAGUGAUUUGAGUUGAAUUUGAUAUCUAUUUACCCUCACAAUGAGUACUGGAGUCAAAAGUUAUAAAAGCUGCACUCCUCAUCAUGUUUAGGUAUACAAUGAACCGUAAUUCAUUGUUUCCUGCUAUAUUCAUCAAUAUUUUAGCCUUUAGGCUACUUUAACUACAUUCCUCGUUGGCUGUCCUGUUUGUUUACUCCCACUAUAUGUAAUUUUAUCUGUAGGAACAAACACUUUCCUCCUCUUUGAAACAUGCUUCUUUUAUUUCUGGAAGCCAAGUAGGCAUGCUACCUGCAGUAGUAGGUAGUAAUAAGCAACCAAUUAUAGUUAAGGAAGAAACACACAGGGGAUUGGGGUUAUUUUGCCUUUAUUUUUGUAAUCUUACAUUUAAAAAAUAUUAUAUUUUAAGUUCAGUUCAGCUACCCCCCCCCCCCCAUUAACUGUUUAUUCAUUGUAUCUGCCAGUGCUGAGCCUUACCAAAUUACCAACAUGGGGACUGGUUGGACAUGCAUCAGAUAUUUGUGAUUUUCCACCAUGAUAGGGACCCUCUCCUCCUCUUAGAGAUCAGCAGAAACCAACCUGUACUCCACCAAUGUGUUUCUGUUGCUGCAAAGCUCAGAGGGACAGUCAACGCACCGAGGAAGGACCAUUCUUCCUUCUCACUUCCUAUUACCUGUUUAUAAUUCGGGGGGAAAAUAAUGUGCUUCAUGAUUUGAUUAGUUUCUCUCAUCAUUUAAAAGUCUUAACUUACUGUUAUUGUAACACUAAAUGUGAACACUUUAUUAUUAUUAUUUUUUGUUCCAGAACAAACAAAAUGUUUCCGUUGUACCAAAACCAAGUAACAGUUCCAGACAAUCUUUUAUGGCCUCAAAUUGAACUUGCGUAUAUCAGUACCUGUAACUUGCCUCACAGUGGUUUCACUUUAUUACUUUGGUACACUGGGGAUUCUGGUAUGCUCCCAGUCCUAUAAUCUAUUUCUCCUCAUACACAUUCUGGUUAUGCUUAAUAAACACAGCCCUUGAGAACAUUCAUAAAGCCAUUCUUAUUGGGUACAUACCACAUUUUAUCUUAAAAAACAAAACAAAAAAAACAGAAGUAUCUUGAACUGAAAGCCCAGGGUGUGAACAUUGAGAGCAACACAGUAUAAUAUCCUCUUCAGUCACUGUGUGCAUAGUUGUACCACAUUAAGUUUCCUAUCUGUGUAUCUAUUUAGUAAUACAUGUGUUUUUGUGUUUUGGCAGGGCAACUUCACCAACUCCAGAGUUCACACACACACUGAUUUAAAAUUUCUAAAAAUUAGAUUAAAGAUUGUGAUUGAAGGGAAUUUACAGGACACCUCCCCAUCCAAAUGAAGGAUGCAUUGUUCAGAACUGUUAACCCUGGUUUUGUUUGAUUCAGCAGUUUUAUAAAUUAUAAGCUAUUGCUUUUGUUGUUCAUGGUUGUUGUUUGUCUGUCUGUAACCCGAGAUAUUGCUGUCGAUUCUCAUAGUGGAAUGCAUAGGAGUGAGGGCACUGUGGGGCUAAAGGGUAAUGCUGUGUGACACUGAAAAGACAACCACAGGAAUUAAUCAUUGUAAAGACAUCACUGUUAGGAAAACUUGUAUUGGUUACAUUCAAAGUGUUUGUUGAUAUGUUGGUGGUGUUAAACAAGAAUAUGGCUACUGGUAUAUUGGUCGUUUAUUUUGAUAUUUGACUUUACAGUAAUAUUGCUGCAAAUGAUCAGUAAAAAAAAAGAAUCUAGAAAAGUAAAUCUGUUACUUUGCUUUACUAUGUUUAAUCUUGAUUCCAAAAGACAACCAUUGUUUCAAGUUAGUGUUUUAAAGUGUGUGUGUGUGUGUGUGUGUGUGCCGGGUAGUCUUUUCACUGUCUCUCAGCCCAGCACAGUCAGCACAAACUGUGAAACAAGACCUGGCGCCUAUGCACUAAACAGUAAGGUUUCAUCUACCAUAUGUGAAGCAAACACCACUGUGAAACUAUCUGUCUUUUUAUUUAAUAUAUAUAUAUUUUAUUAAAAACAAACCAGAAGUGCAUUUCUAUUGCACCCGUAUAGACAAACUGCUAUGCAAAAUACAUAAUGGUAUACAGAAUAGGGGCUCUGCUAGAAUUAAGUAAGCCUCAUUAUCCAAACUUAAUCAUUUCCAUCGCUAUAACAACCUCAAAUUAAGUUCCAAAAACUCGUUCUCUGUGUAUUGUGGUGAUUCAUUAGAGUCUACAGGACAUUUUUCCAACUGCUGCUUUUAAAUGUUUGAUUAAUCUUCAGCAGGGUAAUUGAAAUAAUUAGGCAGCUGGUUGCAAGUCCUGCAAUGGGGUGGACUUGAAGAGAAAGUUGCAUACCCCUGUAAUGAGACACCUGCAAGCUUUGCAUGGAACAGAUGGCCCUUGAUCCUCUUAUCUGAAAUAGAACAACUCGCAGUACUGACUGCUUGGCCAAAAGUGGAUAAAAAAAAGAAUCUGUUAUUCCCCGAAGAGUUGUGUUUAUAGGCAAGUCUGUUUCGUUAGUUGUAUACAAUUAAUCUUGCCUUUGUCGUAUUUAUAAUCCCUUCCAAGAAGAUUCAUGGAUGAAGUCCUUCUGUAGAUUGCGUCCACACUGCUUGCACUAACCUUGUUCUGAUUGGCUCCCCCUUUUUAUUUAUGACGUGUUCAAGUAUGGUAUGCUGUAUGUGUGUUAGUGUAGCAGGUGGAGGGAAGUAAUUAAUAGUUGUACCGGCAGUACAUCCUGGCUGAUUUCAGGGCAGUACACUACAUUCAACUUUUGAGAAGUUGAAAUAAGUUAGGAGAUGAAGAUGAGAAGGUAAACCAAAAGUUUUAUACUCGAGUUGGAUCUUUUUUUUGUGUGUGUGGUUAAAAUUCAUGACAGUUCCAGCAUUGUUGCAAUAUUGAUUUGGAUUCAAAUGAUGUGGUACUCAAGUGAACUUUCCCUCAACAAUUACAAGCCAUAAAAAGUUACUUUAUAUUGUUCCAAGCAACUGAUAUUGAUGAGUUGCUGCGAUUUUACAUUUUUUCCAGCUGGGGUCACUGUUUGUCAUUAAAAUAUGUAUUUAUUAAUUUAGCUUAGCACUUGUUUACCGGGAUGCAGUACUGUCUUUGUUAGACACAGAAAUGUUACAUUUAUACAUGAAAAAAAAAACAUUAAGAUCAAAUAGAACAAAGAAAUGCCCCUCAAUUUCAGCUCACCACAAGGAAUUUCUCAACCAGGUCAGUCACAGAAGUAAACUUACGUAUUUAAGACUGUUCACCCAUUUGACAAGCCACAAAUUAUCUUUUAGCCCUUGUUUCACCAUGUAGGAACGUGUGUUUUUAUUUAUUUAUUUUUUUUAAUAUGUAUAAUUUAGCAUCGAUUGCACUCCUUUGUAAAUAAUGAGAGAGUAUUGUAAAGUAUUUCAUUGCCAGGAGACUUCUCUUCAAAACAGAGGAAACGAAGGAAAAGGACAACUAGUAACCUGUAGGAAUGCACUAUGAUGGGUAAACAAAAAUAAAAAAAGAAAACAUUUUUGUAUUGUAAAAUAACAGCUAAUUUAAAAAAGAAGGAAUGAGUAAAAUAAUGCAAGAACUGAAGAUUUUAAAGAAGACCAUGUAUUAUGUAUGUAAAUAAAGAACAAUAUAGAAUGCUGGUCUAAAAUAAAAAAUUAAAAUCCAA